AAAUAAACAGGGAUUCGACGAUAGUUCAACAAUCGUCUCCAAAGCCUGCCAAAAUGAUCCCACCAAAUGCUUCUCUCGUCAAAUAUGAUAACCCCGUCCUGGUCAGCAGAAAUACUGAUAAGAAAACUCCAAGGGCUAGAGCAUUAAAAGUUUCACCAACAACACCACCUGGAACAGGACCAGUCCCAAAUCCUCCAGCCAAGUCCAAAGUUAGUGGUCUUGAUGCCAAAUCAGCUCAACAGACUGAUGAAAUUCUUAACUCCAUCCUACCACCAAGAGAAUGGACUGAGAAUGGUCAAUUAUGGGUUCAACAAGUUUCCAGUACCCCUGCCACCAGACUAGAUGUUGUUAAUUUACAGGAGGAAUUAGAUCGUAGACUUCAACAACGCCAAGCUAGAGAGACCGGAAUCUGUCCAGUUAGACGUGAAUUGUAUUCACAAUGUUUUGAUGAACUUAUUCGUCAAGUUACAAUCAACUGUGCUGAAAGAGGUUUAUUACUAUUACGAGUACGUGAUGAAAUCAGGAUGACAAUCGCAGCCUAUCAAACACUCUAUGAAUCUAGUGUAGCCUUCGGUAUGAGAAAAGCACUUCAAGCUGAACAAGGCAAGGCUGAUAUGGAAAAGAGGAUCAGUGACUUAGAAGAUGAUAAACGUAAACUAGAGAAAGAUGUGAACGAAUUGAAAGCUAAGUGUGAACAGAUCGAAAAUCGUGCUAAAGAACAGAGACAGGUCGAAGAGAAAAAACACACAGAAGAAAUUCAGUUUUUAAAACGAACCAAUCAACAAUUGAAGACCCAACUGGAAGGCAUCAUUGCACCCAAGAAGUAAAAAAUGAAAAUCUAAGAACUAUAGACAGAAGUGUUCUAUUCCAUGUCCUAACUGAGGGUUAAAAUAAUUUAAUAUCAGGAGGGGUUGGGUUGGAUUUUCAUUCUCUAUUUUCUGGGGCAGUCACAGCCAGCACAUAUUGAGUAAUUCUGAAUCACAAGCACGAUUCACAUUGUCAUCCAUCAAAUAUCAAUUCUUUGGAUCUUAAAUUUUUAUUAAGCCUAGCAACAUUUUGUAUAAGAGGGAUUGCCUUGUACCAACAAAUUUUGUUUGUGCAAAAGUGCAUUGUCUUAGUGAAUAAUAAGUUGAAUUAUGCUUGUAUUAUAUUUAUCAGUAAAUUGUAUAGUUAGGAAAUAGAUUGUAAAUAUUUUCAAUUUUUUUUUAGUGGCCACCAUAUUAGGAUUAUUUUAUUGAUAAGAUUACACAAAUCAGCAUCCUAAUGAAGUAUUUUCAAAAGGCAGAAUUUAAGCAUUAAUAACUAAGGAAUUCGUUUUGAAAAACCAAAUGAAUCUUGAAAUCUUCCAUCGUUGUCAAGCAUUAUAGUUUCCCUGAGUUCAAAAAAUCCAGUUGCCAUCGGCCAAAUUCUGUCCAAUUUCACAUAGGCUUACAUUAGAUUAUGAAACAAGCUGGAUCUGUCUAUAACAUAAAAUAAGAUGAGUAUUUAACCAAUGGGGAAAAUCUGGAAUAGAAAUAAAUGUAAACUUCUUAAGUUAUUAAUAAUCAAACUCUUAUUUAAUGUAUAAAAUAAAAUAUUUAUUCUUUUUAAAAA